GAAAGGAGGGGGUGAAUGGAAAAGGAGAGCACAGAUGAGAUGUGAAGAGGAGGGCACAGGUAUAGCAGAGCUGUGGGGAGGAGAGGACUGUUUGAAUAUUUCAAGUGCUUAACACAACAGACGAACAAGUCGAAACAAGGGUUAAAUCCCUCCACACUGAGGGAGGGGGGAAGAGAGCAGAGCACACAGUGCUCUUUCCACCCCCAGGGCACACUCCCCCCUCCUGUGUUGUGUGCUGGGAGAGGAACACAGAUGCCCCUGUAGGGGCACAGGGUGAAGUCCUGUGUGUAUGUGUGUAUUCAACGGUGCUGGGAACAUGCCUUUCCUGUGGAUUAUAUGGAUCUUUUUCAGCUGCACCAGUGCUCAGGACAAACCUGGCUAUCUGAUAGCAGCUCCAUCUGUUUUCCGCUCUGGGGUGGAAGAAGCAAUCAGCAUCACUAUCUUCAAUGCAGUUGUUGAAACCAAGGUCCAGUUGCAGCUGGUGGUUAAAGGAGAAGCAGUGGCUGAAGGUCAUGGCUUGGUGUUUGAUAAAGGGACAGUGAAGAUACAGGUUCCUCUUGGUAUUCGGGGCCAAGCCUAUCUAAAAGUUUGGGGAAACAGGCAUUUGACUGAUGGCGGAUUCAUAUUCCAUAACUUUACUACAGUUACGGUAGAUAGCAAAGGAUCAUCCGUAUUUAUACAAACAGACAAACCUGUGUAUAAACCAAAGCAAAAAGUGCUGAUUAAUAUGUAUAUGGUAACACCUAAUCUUCGUCCAACCAGGGGAAAGAUUGAUGCUUAUAUUUUGGAUCCUCGAGGCUCUAGAAUUAUUCAAUGGCUUGAUUUAAAACCUAUCUGUUGUGGUGUUGUUAAUAUGAGUUUUCCACUAUCUGACCAACCUGUGUAUGGUGAAUGGCUAAUAUUUGCAGAGACGCAAGGUCACGUAUACAACAAGUCAUUUGCUGUGCAGAAAUAUGUUCUGCCAAAGUUUGAGCUAGUGAUUUCUCCUCCUCCAUAUAUUCGAGAUAUCGGCACCUGUGAGAAGGGUUCUGUUACUGCAAGAUAUACGUUUGGGAAGCCUGUGAGCGGAAUUUUGGUAAUCAAUAUGACAAUUACUGGUGUUGGGUAUUACAGACAUGAAAUUGGACUCCAAGUUCUCAAAACCAUGGAGAUUUAUGGCUCAGCAGUGUUUGAUAUCUGUGCCAAAGACAUGAUGCCAGUAGACUUUCCUGAACAUUUCCGAGGGACUGUAAAUAUUUGGGCCACCGUGACUUCUGUAGAUGGCAGCAAGCAAGUUACCUUUGAUGACACCACCCCUGUUCAAAAGCAACUGAUUGACAUCAAAUACACCAAAGACACCCGCAAACAGUUUAAGCCAGGCUUACCCUAUCAAGGAAAGGUGGAAGUGACAUUCCCCGAUGGCAGCCCAGCACAUGGUGUUAGCGUACGCAUCAAAGCCGAACUAACUCUCAAGGACAACGUGUACACCCGUGAACUUGUGUCCCAGAAUGGCUUAGUGGAGUUCCAAAUCCCAUCUAUCCCUACUGGAGCCCAGUAUGUCUGGCUAGAGAGUAAAGUAACAGCUAUUGAUGGGAAACCAGUAGGAGACCAGUAUCUGCCCAACUAUUUGUCAAUAAGUAGCUGGUAUUCUCCAAGCAAGUGUCACCUCUUACUGCAGCCACCUGAGAAACCAUUUCUGGUUGGGGAUGAGGCCUGGAUUGCUGUGAAGUCCACCUGUCCAUGUAAUUUCACUUUGCACUAUGAAGUGGCCUCUCGUGGAAACAUUGUGCUCUCUGGACAGCAUGCUGGCAAUGCCACUCUGCUCAGGGGCAAAAGAUCAACAUCUGUGACAUUUAACAAGGAUGUCUACGGAACAGUUGCACCAGGUGGAGAGUCCACACAGACAAGCUCUACAGACCCAGAUGUUUGGGUAACAUAUGUACAUUUCCGCAUCACUCAUAACAUGGCUCCUUCAAUCCGCUUGCUAGUAUAUUAUGUGAGAGAGAAUGGAGAAGGAAUAACAGACAGUGCUCAGAUACCUAUUAAGCCUGCUUUCGAGAACCAGGUUUCUCUAGUCCUCUCCACCAAUGACUCCAGACCUGGUGACACAGUGGAUUUCAAAGUGAAAGCUGCCAGAGCUAGCUGCGUGUGCGUAUCCACUGUGGAUAAGAGUGUUUAUCUUUUACGGAAUGGUUUUCAGAUUACACCUGAACAGAUAUUUCAGGAACUGGCAGAGUUUGAUGUGUCUGAUGCAUAUGGGACCGGGAAGGAUGAAGGCCAUUUUUGGUGGCCUGGAAUGGGGUCUCGUAGGAGAAGACGUUCUUCUGUGUUUCCUUGGCAUUGGGACAUCACCAAAGAUGCACGAUUUGCUUUCACAGAGGCAGGACUGGUUGUAAUGACGGAUAUUGUGAGUCUAAAUCAUCGCCAGAGUGGGGGAAUGUACACAGACGAGGCUGUGCCAGCCUUCCAGCCACACACAGGGACACUAAUGGCUUCAUCCCACUCCAGAAUUGCCCCUCGAACUGAGAGGAGGAAGAGAACUUUCUUUCCUGAAACCUGGAUCUGGCAUUGCUUUAAUGUUAGUGAAGCCACUGGUGAGGCAGAGUUACACAUGGAGGUCCCAGACUCUAUUACCACAUGGAUAACCGAAGCAAUUGGCAUGUCUGAAGAGAGUGGGCUUGGAGUGGCCAAAUCUGCUCACCUCAAAACCUUCAAACCAUUCUUCAUUGACUUCACGCUGCCCUACUAUGUAAUACGAGGGGAGCAGGUCAAAAUACCACUUACAGUCUACAACUAUCUACCUGUUAGCGCAGAGGUACACAUUAAAAUAAGCAUCCCAAAGGGAAUAAAAUUUGUGGGAUAUCCAGGGAAGCAGCAUCUGAUCAGGAAGCUUUGCGUUGCCUCUGGGGAAACCAAACCCACGUCUGCUGUUUUUUCCUUCUCUGAACUGGGCCAGGCAAAUAUCUCAGCCAGAGCUCUAGCAUAUGGUAGUUAUAAUUGUCACUCAGAGGGACCUAACGGCCUCAAGAACACCAAGCAUCCAGAAGACACCUAUGUUGAGAAGAAGGUUCCAGCUGGGAGUGACUUUGUACGUCGAAGCAUGAUGGUUGAGCCAGAAGGUUUAGCACGCGAAUACACAUACAGUGUCUUCUUCUGCCCAAAUGAGAAAAUUCAGAUUUCCACUCCCAACAAGUUUGAGUAUCAGUACAUACAGAAGCCCCAGCGGAUGACUCAUUUCGAGCUGACUGUUAAGGCUCACAAUGACGCACAUGUGGCAUUGUCCUCAGGACCCCAUGACAUGGCUGAGAUGAUAGAGAUUGUGAUUGGGGGGCAACAUAACUCCAAAACCUGGAUAUCUAGUAGCAAAAUGGGAAAUCCAGUGUCCAGUGCAAGUACUACUGGCAUUUUAUCCUGGGAUGAGUACCGUGCAUUCUGGAUCAGCUGGAAAAAUGGCUUAAUACAGGUAGGACACGGGACGCAGGGCUCCAAUGACUCUGUUAUCGUAGAGUGGGCAGCGGCCAGGCAGCCUGACGUGAAGUUCAUCGGUUUUUCCACCGGCUGGGGCUCCAUGGGGGAAUUUAAAAUAUGGCGAAAGGAAGAGACAGACGAAAAUCACAAUGAGGCUUUCACCCUUGGAGUUCCACACAAUGUCAUUCCAGGGUCUGAGAGAGCCACGGCAUCCAUUAUAGGUGAUGUGAUGGGUCCAACUGUGAGUAAUUUGGAUAAUCUCCUUCGACUCCCAUUUGGCUGUGGGGAGCAGAAUAUGAUCCAUUUUGCCCCUAACGUUUUUGUGCUGAAGUAUCUUCAGAAGACCAAACAGUUAUGCCCAGAAGUAGAGAGUGAAGCAGUGGAUUAUCUUUUGCAAGGGUACCAACGUCAGCUAACCUAUAAGAGGCAGGAUGGAUCCUACAGUGCUUUUGGAGAGAGGGACUCGUCUGGCAGUAUGUGGCUCACUGCUUUUGUACUGAAAUCGUUUGCUCAGUCUCGUGGCUUCAUCUUCAUUGACCCAGGGGAGCUUAUUGCUGCCAAAGACUGGAUCAUUCAGCAUCAGAAGAAAGAUGGCUCUUUUCCUGCCAUGGGACGAAUCCUAAAUAAAGACAUACAGGGUGGAAACCAUGGAAAAGUUGCUUUGACAGCAUAUGUUGCUGCUGCUCUUCUGGAAACUGGAAUCACGUCUGAAGAAGAAAGAAUUGCGGUAUCCAAAGCCAAACUCUUUCUAGAGUCCCACUUGUUUUCGGCAGAUGAUCCUUACACUACAGCACUGAGUGCAUAUGCCCUGACACUCUUACGCAGCACUUUUGCCCCUGUUGCCCUCCGGAAAUUGAAUGGCAUGGCCAUAACACAAGAUGGCUUCACACAUUGGAGUUUGACUGGGACCAUGGCCGCAGAAGAGGACACGUUCAUGGGAUUUAAUGAUGGUCUAUCACAAUCAGUGGUUUCAGCAGAGGUAGAAAUGACCGCAUACGCUUUGCUGACUUACACCUUACUUGGAGAUGUGGCCUCUGCACUUCCUGUAGUGAAAUGGCUCUCACAGCAACGCAAUGCACUUGGGGGUUUUUCAUCAACACAGGACACUUGUGUAGCUCUUCAGGCUCUUGCUGAAUAUGCAAUCCUCUCUUAUGUUGGGGGUGUUAACCUCACAAUAUCUUUGGCUUCAACCAACCUAGAUUAUCAGGAAACAUUUGAGCUCAACUAUCUGAAUAAGAAGAUCCUGCAGACAGCUAUGAUUCCCACCAUCCCAACUGGUUUGUUUGUCAGUGCUAAAGGGGAAGGCUGUUGUUUGAUGCAGAUUGAUGUCCAUUACAAUGUUCCUGACCCAGUGGCCAAGCCUGCCUUUCAGUUGUUGGUCCAUCUGAAGGAGCCAAAGCUUGGUAGAGAGAAGAGACAUGUUGGACGCCCAGAGACUCUUUUAAGAGACCGUGCUAUCCCUGAUGAUGAUGACCCAGGAUCCCACCAAGACCAUCAAGAGUACAAAGUAACUCUGGAAGCUUGCACCAGAUGGCUCCACACAGGCGCUUCUAACAUGGCUGUUCUUGAACUCUCCUUGCUAUCGGGCUUCCGAGCAGACAUUGAAAGCUUGGAGCAGCUACUCAUGAACAAACAGAUUGGACUAAAACGCUAUGAAGUAGAUGGAAGAAAAGUGCUAUUCUACUUUGAUGAGAUACCUAGUCAGUGUAUGACCUGCGUACAAUUUCAAGCAUUCAGGGAAUACAUUGUGGGGAAAACGGCACCAGUUCCAGUAAAGAUUUAUGACUAUUAUGAGCCUACAUUUGAAGCCACAAGAUUCUAUAAUGCCAGUGAGAGCAGUCCAUUGUCACGGGAACUUUGUGAUGGGACCACAUGCAAUGAGGUGGAGAGCUCAACUAGCCACUGGACAGGCUUUGCCCCUUCUGGCUCUUGCAAUGGAGAAAUUUUUUGCCGUGAAGAGAAUCACUUUGAGCGCUGUAUGUGCUACAGAGAUUGUGGAUAUGAUGGAGACCCUGUGUGUGGCUCUGAUGGAGUCAUCUAUCAAAACCAGUGUCAGAUGGAGGUUACAGCAUGCAGGAAUAACACCAGGAUUGAGCAAGUGGCUAUGACUCAGUGCACCAUGGAAGAGAAUAUAUCUGAAGAAGAGUCGGACAUUGCAACAGUCAAAGAGCAAGAACCACCUCAGGAGACAACGGAAGAGGGAGCGCCUGCUCACCAGUCCGAGGUUUCUUACUAUUCCUAUGAGUAUGAUGUGGAUCCCUACACUAGUGAUAAUGAAGAUGGCCUGGAAAUAGGAACUGAGCUAACAAUAGCUGCAAGCUCAGUAGAGGAAGCAGUAAAACUCAAUACAUCAGCCACCAUUGAAUGGUAACCAUCCUUCAAUAGCUAUGUAAUAGCUAUGUACAUGGAAGACAUGGAUGAUCAGUAAUGAUACCUGCUUUGUUCAUGUAAGAUCGGGAUGGGAUCCCCUUGGUAUCCACUCUUUUUUUUACUUCUUUGAUCCUUUUUUUUCAUCAGCAGAACACAAAGUGGCUAUUAGGAUGCAGAAACUUUUCCCCUUGGCCAAUCUAAUAUAAAGGACAUGGAACAAUUUCACCUUUAUAUGUCCUGACUACAGAAGACAAAAAAAAACAAAAACAAAGAACUGACUUAAUGGUUUUCCGAUUUUCAGGGGAAAACUAAUGGUUCUUUAUUCUUCAUGAUUUGUUUUAAUGUUUUAAACCAUAUAAGAGCUAGAAUAAAAAGAUUGAGUGUGUGGUUUUGGUGCAUAUUAAAAAUAGAAGUCAUGACAACUUCCUUAAAUGCUUUCAGUUCCCAAUCUUCAGUUCACAGACCUUUUCAUCUAUUCAUAAGAUGCUGUUUUAUAAACUCUCAAGUCUGUAACCAAAAUUCUUCUUCUUGAUACUUAAUGCUAAGCGAACGGUCCAUACCUUAAUGCAAACAUCUUUAAAAAUGCAUUUGAUUGCUCUUUUCAUCUGGGUGUAGGAGGAUAUUUUUUGAAUGCAAUAAGUUAGAGAAGGACGUGCUUAUAUGUUUGUGAAUGCCAUGGAGUAAGACUUAUAUGGGAAAUGUUUAAGUUGUAGCAAUUAUUCCACUGAAAAAAAGGUAAAAUUCUGUCUCAUGGGUGAUAAUUAAUAUAUUUGUUUCCUAUUUGUUUCCCUGUGUUAAUGUUAUUAUGCUGGUAAAGUUUGUUUUAUCACUGUUAUAUAUUUUGAGAUUUGGAUAUAACCACAUCAUUCAUUUUCAUGGUAAUACAGUGUUACUGUUUAUUAGUGGACAUGUUCUUUUAGGGCAUAAUAUCAAUAGAAUAUAGUGUUUCUGCUCAUAUAAAUACAUUUGUAAUUUUUUUUGCAAUCACACAGAAACCAGUUGUAAAGUGCAAUAAGUAUGUUGCAUUUACAUAAUUUCUAUGUCCCGUGUUCUUCCAACAAACUAAAGAAAUGAAUAGAAUAAAAUGUAUUGUGAUGUAUGCAAGUAUGCAUAUUUAAGCUCAGACAUAUUUGUACCAAACACCAAGUACGAACAACUCCAACAUCACUUGUAUUAAAUGUAUACUUUAUGUGACACUUUAACCAAACAGAAUAGUGUAUUUUUGUAGUAUGAUUUCAUUAAAGCUGUACGUUUUUCCCCAACUCAUCAUUUAAUUUAUUCUCAAAUUAAGAGUCUGUGCAGAUGGGGCAACAAGAGCUUCCACUUUGCUCAGAUCAGGCUCCUAGCAGCUUCAGUGGUUAAGUCAUCAGGAUGUGUAUUCUCUUGGCUAACCUUAUGCCACCAUGGAGAAAUCACUCAAAUGGAAUUUGUGAAGCCAGUAUGCUUUGCCGUGAGAUUAUGCUUGGGAAUCCCACCUUCCUUUCUCCGUUUAUAAGGUUGCAAAACACACAUGAAAUGUUUAAUUUCAUUAAAUCAGAAUGCUUUUUAAAAAUAUAUAUAUAUAUAUUUCAUAUGCCAGAUAACUAUGAUGCUUUUUUUUCACCUUUUUUGUCUUGCAUCCUUAGCCAUGCUUGUAAUCAUUAUUGUGGUUGAUGUAUCCACUUGGUAGGUUUGAUGGUGAGCAAUUGUAUAGGCUCCAGGUAUUUGAAUUUUCCUACCCCAGAGAUAGCUGUUUUGUAAUAUUCUGUUUAUUAGUUUGUAGGAUUGACAAAACACAACAGAGAACAGAGUAGUGGAGGAGCUUAACAUUUUAAUGUUUCUCUCCAUCCAUGUCUUCCACAAAAUGUCCUAAAAGGCAGGGUUCCAAACAUGUUAUACAUGGACACCCUUUCUAUAUGCCAGUAGUUACAAUACAGUCGGUUAUGUUUCUCCAUAAAAUUCAAUGUCUAGAAACACACUGGACAUUACAGCCCAAGCAAUAUACAUACUAACAAGAGGAAUUAAUUAAAGUGUUAAUAUAAUGUUUAUUACAAAUUCUCUUCUUUAGUUCAAAAUGGCCUCCGGACUUUUAUUUCUUUCCAACUUUGAUUUGUUAUAAUGUCAUUAUUCACUCAUCCUACUCUUCUCUUUCUUGACAAGUCGAGAUCCACCUGGAGUGAACCUGUAUCAUAGAGCAAAUCAUCAUUUGCCCUUUUCUGAUGCUCUAUUUAAUGCACAAGACUCUCUGUAUCUGAAAUGUAAUGUAUAAAAAAAGUCAUAUAUAUAUAUUUUCUACUGUCCUUUCAAGCACAUGUAUAUAAGUGAAAAUUUAAACAGAAAACCUAUUGUGUUUUAUUUUCUUGCCAAGGGCUUUGUUGGUUUUCUUAGAUCUUAGGUAAAUUCUACUUCUGUGGGGUGGGCAAGAGAAAUGGCAUUAACACACCUUUGAUCUUAAUAUUUUUAAAGCUUCUAUACACUGAAAAAAAAAAUCUAGAACCUUACUGCUAUUGGCUAUUUACUACUCUUGGUAUGUCUCAAGUUGGCUAUUAGAGCGGUGGGUUUAAUCCUAAAUGUUAGUGAAAGUGUUGUUAUUUUUGCUGAUUUAAUUUUAUAAGCUUGUACCAAGGUUUUAUGCUAGGUAUGUAUAUUAUAUGGAUGUAAUUUUGUAUCUGGUAAGCUCAGAGUUAAUGAUACUCAAUUAACAAUUUUGUUAAAACUGAAAUAAA